UCCACCACCACGUCCCGACUCUGAACCCCUCCGUCUCGUCGCCUUCGUCCCGGCCUUUGCCUGCCACCAACUCGAUCGCCCGGCAAGCUACCGCGUACCUGCAUUACAGCCUUGUUGCUUUGCUUCCUUUGCUAGUUUCUUCGCUCGGUCGUCCCAUCGAUCAACCUGACCGGGUACAAGGCGCGGAUGCUCUAUAAUAGCUAGGUAGCUAGCCCGGCCUCGACCCUCGACCGGCCCCAUCUAUCCAUGAAUCCUCUCGGCCGGCAAAAGCAUGCGCGGUCGCCAUGAGACGACCUGACGCCGCCGCGGCCACCGUCGUCGUCCUCCUGUGGCUCGCCGCGCUCACCGUCGCGUUCCACGGCUGCGGUCGCCGUGGCUGCGGUGGCUUCUUGCUGGGGAGGCGAACGGGCGCGGUCGCCGCCGUCGUUCCGGCAAGGAAGAUGCUGCUCGCCGCGACGACGAGCUCCGAUGACGCUGCGGCCUCCUCAUCGACUGAUCACAACCACCACCACCAUCACCAUCGGCAUCAUCAGCAUCACCAUGUCCACCGGUGGAACCGGCACGGCAUCCCACCGUCCGCGGUAGGCCAGGGCAAGGCGGAGAUCGACCCGCGGUACGGCGUGCAGAAGAGGCUGGUGCCCACGGGCCCGAACCCCUUGCAUCACUGAGAGGCUGGCACGCGCUCAGCGCAUGCAUGGAUCGAGGAGGAGUACUUUCUCAUGGCAGUCGAAGCUGCUGCUGAUUCGAAUUAUUCCUUGGUGAGCGGCGCACAUCGUCUUGCUGGUGCUGAUCAAUCGAGUUUUUGGAGUCCGGUGUGUAUUCUUUGAUUGUAGAGUGGAUGGGUGCGGAAGCGAGCAAAGCCAGCUUUGUUGGUGUGAUCAUCAUAUUCAUUGGAAAUCGUGUGUUCAUGUAUGUAAUCUUGGUCUGAAAGCUGUAAAGCAAGUGAAACGAAAGGGAGAGAGAGAGGUUAAUCUCUAGCUAGCUAAAUAUAGUACAUAUAAGUUGUGCUGUUGAGGAAAGGAUACGAUUAUAUAUCCUUAGUUUCCUUUUUUCUCCAUCCCAAUCUCAUUCCUUUUUGUUUUCUGUUCAUCGAUCAAAAUCUCGACAUGAAUAAGAACAGUGUAUAUAGCUGUGCGAGA